AAAAAAAAAAAUUCUUUGUUUCUUUAACGUACGUACAUUCCUUAUAGCCCUCGCAUAGACACACAUACACAUGCAAACAAAAACACAAAAGAAAUUGAGAAUGUGGUCCUCACACAAUUCCUCUCUAGCUAAGCUACCUAGCUUUUCAUCUCAUAAAAAUUCUCUUUCAUCUUCCCCCUUCUGAUCUCCAUAUCUAUCUCUCCACAUAUAUCAUCACUCACUCAUAUGUUCUCCGUCUCUAUCGAUCCCCUAUAAAUUUGAUCGAUCAUGAGUAGCAAGGUGGUACUGAAGAGGGAGGCCAUGGAGGGAGACGCGGCGGCGGGGGAGAGGGAGUCGCCGUCGUCGGCCAUUUCCGCCGACGACGAGAAGAAGAAGCGAGGCGGCAAGAAAGGGGGUGGCGGCAACAAUGGAGGGCCGGUCAUGAGGAGCUGCCAGGCUGAGAAGUGCAGUGCUGAUCUUCACGAAGCUAAGCAGUACCACCGGCGGCAUAAGGUGUGCGAGUUCCAUGCCAAGGCGCAGGUGGUGGUCGUCGCCGGUCUCCGGCAACGCUUCUGUCAGCAAUGCAGCCGAUUUCACGAGCUUGGUGAAUUCGACGAAGCCAAGAGGAGUUGCCGGAGGAGGUUGGCCGGACACAAUGAGAGGCGGAGGAAGAGCUCCGCUAUAUCAUCAGAGUCGUCUCAGGCGGCAGAAGCAGUGGCAGCAUCUUCAUCAACCCGCAAUCAGUAUCUGAAGGACAUAAAUGUGUGCGGGCAGGUUGACGACAAGGGAAGAAUUCAGAUGUCUAUCCAAGAAAAUUCUUCUUUCAAACACUUCCAGAUCAGAUAAUUUUUUUUUACAAAUAUUAAGGAUAUGAUCCUUAUUGAUGUUAAUCGACUAUGAAUUGCCCUCUCUCUGAUCUUCUGUCAUCUGAUCGAAUCUCAAAUUUUAUAUAGUUAGAUAUAUAAGUCUAUAUGGGGUCAUAAUAUUGAAGAAAGAAGAGAAGCCAUAUAUGUUUUGGUUGUUUGUAUGCAUCCAAAGCUGCUUCAAUUCGUCUAAGGUUUCAUUUGUAUCUACUAAUGAUUAUUAUAUUGGCUUUUACAUUGCUAAAUAAAUUGCACGCAUCGUACGUCCUGAAAUCUUUUUUGUCUA